AUGUUUUCGACAGAAAGUGAUUCGGAGUCAGACCCAGAAGACGUGGAUCAGGAUAUGACUGGAGAUUCGGAAGACGAUCAAAACUCUGGUGGGUCGAUUUCGUCUUCAAGUGAUCCGGUGUCAGACUCAGAAGAGGAUCAGGAUGAGACUGAAGAUUUGAAAAGCGAUCAAAACGCUCGUCGAUCGAUUUCGUCUUCGAAAAAAAAGGCCCCGGUGUCAAAGCCAGAAACCGUGGGUCGUAAUAUGCCUGGAGCUUUGAAAGGCGAUCAAAACGCUCGUGGACCGAUUUCGGCAAACUAUCAGGGAAAACCAAGAAACGCUUUGCCCGGAUAUGCACAUGGCGGACCGUCUAUGAAAGUCUCGGAUUGGACACAGCGUCACAUGCAACAGCAACGCGGACAGAAGAAAAAAGACAAAAAA